ACGUGAGAUAUAUGUUGCAAGAGUGGCUUUAAUGAGACGCCGAGAAAUUAUAAGACGGAAGAGUUUUUUUUCCUCUUCCUUCCGGUGACGCUCGCUACAUCGUCAGCUCGAGGGUUAGCAUGUAAAUGUUAGCUUAGAUGCUAGGCGCUCUGUUUUCAGUUUUGUUAUUUGGCAUUGAUGUGUUUUGUUUUUUAAAAAAGCGUAGAUAAUAUACCCACUGGAAUUUAACAGCUUGACAUGUUGCAUUUUUUUCAGUCAAGCUCGGUGUAAUUGGGUUUACCAACCGAUGGUAAAAGCCAGAUACACGUUUAAUCAGAUGCUGUCAUGGUAACAAAGAGUAUACCUGUGUGGAGUUACAGCAACAAACCUUCAAGCAUGUUUGGUUGCAGGUCUGCAUUAGUUUCGGUUAGCUGUCCCAAAGAAACCGGCAGCUGAGGGCGUUAUUUUUCACUGUACCACCCCCUUACCCCCUCACCCCAUCCCGAGAGCACUGCCGGACUGUUUGGAUUUUAGCUUGUUCAUCUGACCUGCCAACAUGCCGGCGGCACUUACAGAUUCCAGUCAGAUGAUCUGUGAAGUCUGGGCAAGCAAUGUGGAGGAUGAAAUGAGGAAGAUCCGGCAGAUUAUCCAAAGCUACAACUAUGUUGCCAUGGACACAGAAUUCCCUGGGGUCGUCGUUCGACCCAUCGGCGAGUUUCGCAGCACAGUGGACUACCAGUACCAGCUGCUAAGGUGCAAUGUGGAUCUCCUGAAGAUCAUUCAGCUCGGGCUCACAUUCAUGAAUGAAGAGGGAAAAUAUCCUUUGGGUACGACAACGUGGCAGUUCAACUUCAAGUUCAACCUCACAGAAGACAUGUACUCGCAGGACUCUAUAGACCUACUCCAAAACUCCGGCCUCCAGUUUAAAAAACAUGAAGAAGAAGGAAUCGACACGCUCUACUUCGCUGAGCUCCUCAUGACGUCUGGUCUGGUGCUGUGUGAAAACGUCAAGUGGCUUUCCUUCCACAGCGGCUAUGACUUCGGCUACCUGGUGAAGCUUCUGACGGACGCACGGCUUCCCGAGGAGGAACACGACUUCUUUCAGAUCUUAAACUUGUUUUUCCCCGCAAUUUACGAUGUCAAGUACUUAAUGAAAAGCUGCAAAAAUCUAAAGGGAGGGCUGCAAGAAGUGGCAGACCAGCUGGAGCUGACGAGGAUCGGGCGGCAGCAUCAGGCAGGGUCGGACUCGCUGCUUACAGGCAUGGCUUUCUUCAGGAUGAAGGAACUUUUCUUUGAAGACAACAUCGAUGAUGCCAAAUACUGCGGAAGGCUGUACGGCCUCGGCUCGGGCUCCAGCCAACCCCAGAACGGCAUCUCCAGCUCGGGUCAGGAGGAAACCAACAACAAGCACUGACUGCUGGACUCACUCUUGUUUUAAAAUGCCAACCAGCAGAUUUCCACUCGGGACGUCUCCCCUCCUGAGAGCCGUUUUAACUCGCGGGGAGUUUGUUGUACUCACUUUUUACCGAGCGUAUGGCCAUAUAGUCAGAACACUUCUUAAAAAAAAUCUUUGCUUUCACAGUUGGUUGCAGCACGGGACCAUCUCCUGCAUCAUCCUGUGGUUUUUAAACAGACUCUUUGGUUCAGACGGUCUCAUCGUGAGCAGGACUUUGUCUUUUUUUUCUUUUUUCUUUUAAAGGGCGAUGCUGGAGGGUCUGUAAAUUACAAUAAAAAAUGUUUUAGCUCAUUCCCAUUUCCAGAAACACGACCGUCUGCAUCGGUGUGUGAACGUUUGGUCAUGCGUUUCCUCGGUGGUCACACUGCUCUUCUGUACAUUUACCACGAAAACCAAACUGUCCAGCAGUCGGUGAUACGCUCGUCACGGUGACUGUUUUUACAUUCAACAGUGUUUUCAACAGUUGUAUAUUAAAUCGUUUUGUAUUUUCAAUGUAAACAUGAAGCAUUUGUGUCUGUGCUUGGGUGAGAGGACAAAAGAUGAUCAACAGAUUCAGAGUUUAUAAAAGCAGGGGUUGAAAGUUGAGCAGAAACAAAAGUCGUCUUCAGAUUUCAAACAUUUUAAAUAAAAUAUAAUUUAGUUUUGAGACAUUUCAACGUAAAGACCUCAGAAAUGCAAAGUUCUGUGUAACAGGGAUGUUUAUAACUGCAUGGAUAAUCCACAGACUCACUUUGUUUGCUGUAGAAUUUAUUUUAAUAGACAUGUAUGACUUGAUAUUCAGUGGCAUUACUAGAAAAAAAAGGGAAUUUAGAAAUUUUGGUGAUUUCCACUUAUUUUUCAGCAGUUUUAAACUCUUAACUCAGACUCAACCAUUUCAUGGCCAGAUCUGCUACAUGGUUCCCAGUAGAAAUUAAUCUUCCCAUAAGUUUGCUUAAGAAUGAGUCUUUGUUCCAUCUGAUCUGUAGCUGAGAUAUUUGUAGUUCGUGAGGUUUUGUCAGGUACCCAUGCUGGUGUUUUCAUACCUCCUUUGAGUCCACAGGCUUCAUUUAUCAAGCUUGUGUAGGAAC